GGCAGCGCCUGCCGCCCGUUUCCUGCUGGCCUGGCGGCGGCUGGUGCCACUGCUCAGCGUUGGGCGGGCGGGAGAAUAAUGCGGCGCAGGUCUCGGCUGCUGCUCUGCUUCGCUUUCCUCUGGGUGCUGGGGAUCGCCUACUACAUGUACUCUGGGGGAAGCGCCGCGCUGGCCGGAGGCGGCAGGAAGGAGGAUCCAAAUAAUAUCAACACAUUAAAAAAGAAAGAUCAACACAGUAAUGGGGAUGAAAAGUCACAAAACAUGGAGACCCUGCCUCCAGGAAAAGUUAGGUGGCAAGACUUUGACCAAGAUACUUAUGUUGGAGUCACUAUGGUCAAAGCUGGUCAAGACCCAUAUGCUCGCAAUAAGUUUAAUCAAGUGGAGAGUGAUAAGCUACGAAUGGACAGAAAUGUUCAGGAUACAAGACAUGAUCAGUGUCAGCGAAAACAAUGGCGGGUAGACUUACCAGCUACUAGUGUAAUCAUCACUUUUCACAAUGAGGCCCGAUCAGCUCUCCUUCGAACUGUUGUCAGUGUUCUCAAAAAAAGCCCACCACAUCUUAUUAAGGAAAUUAUAUUAGUAGAUGACUACAGCAAUGAUCCUGAGGAUGGUGCUCUAUUAGGUAAAAUUGAGAAAGUGAAGAUACUUCGAAAUGAUCGCCGGGAAGGUUUGAUGCGCUCUCGUGUUCGAGGGGCAGAUGCAGCACAAGCAAAAGUACUUACAUUCUUGGAUAGUCACUGUGAAUGCAACGAGCACUGGCUGGAGCCUCUCCUGGAGAGAGUAGCUGAGGACAAGACCCGGGUUGUAUCUCCCAUAAUUGAUGUAAUUAAUAUGGACAAUUUCCAGUAUGUGGGGGCCUCGGCUGAUUUAAAAGGCGGCUUUGAUUGGAAUUUGGUAUUCAAGUGGGAUUACAUGACCCCUGAGCAAAGAAGAGCACGGCAAGGAAAUCCAGUUGCUCCCAUAAAAACACCAAUGAUAGCUGGUGGACUCUUUGUGAUGGACAAACUUUAUUUUGAAGAAUUGGGAAAGUAUGAUAUGAUGAUGGAUGUAUGGGGUGGAGAAAAUCUAGAGAUUUCAUUCCGUGUGUGGCAAUGCGGUGGGAGUCUUGAAAUCGUCCCAUGCAGCCGAGUUGGUCACGUCUUCCGCAAGCAACAUCCUUAUACCUUUCCAGGAGGAAGUGGAACUGUUUUUGCAAGAAAUACACGCAGAGCAGCAGAAGUCUGGAUGGAUGAAUACAAAAAUUUCUAUUAUGCAGCAGUGCCUUCUGCCAGAAAUGUACCUUAUGGCAAUAUUCAAAGCCGAAUGGAGUUGAGAAAGAAACUUAGCUGCAAACCAUUCAAGUGGUACCUUGAAAAUGUAUAUCCUGAAUUAAGGGUACCUGAUCAUCAGGAUAUAGCUUUUGGGGCUUUGCAGCAAGGAACCAAUUGCCUUGACACAUUAGGCCAUUUUGCAGAUGGCGUUGUCGGUGUUUAUGAAUGUCAUAAUGCUGGGGGAAAUCAGGAAUGGGCCUUAACAAAGGACAAGUCAGUGAAGCACAUGGAUUUAUGCCUUACGGUUGUGGAUCUAGCUGCUGGCUCACUCAUCAAACUUCAGGGCUGCAGAGAGAAUGACAAUAGACAGAAAUGGGAACAAAUAGAAAGCAAUACCAAACUGCGGUACGUGGGCAACAACUUGUGUUUAGACAGCCGAAAUGCCAAAAAUGGUGGUUUGACUGUUGAAGUCUGCAGUCCUUCAUUGUCACAGCAGUGGAAGUUCACACUUAAUCUACAGCAGUAGAAACACUCGGACAGAAGUACUGUCUCAUUUCCUAAACCUUGGGCAACAUUUUGAUUGCAUUACUGAUACUUUAUAUACCUCAGUAUUCCAUCAUUAUUUGAAAAGUAAAGUGAACAUAAGGAAAUCAAAGCAACUGGGGAUCCUGCCAUCAUCUGAUCAAAUAUAGCUGAAGCAGUGCUUACCCCCCCUCUUCCAUCAAGGUCUGUUGGCUUCUCCCCACCUUCAACCUAGUAUUUUCAGAGCAGAUGAUUAACCACUUUAGCAACCACAGAUACAUGGUAGAAACCUGCUUUCAACACAGGGAAGGGAAGGGCAUACUCGGAGGGAAGUGGCGGGAAGAAUCUCACGAGCAGUCUCCGCUAACAUAAAAAUAGGUGUUUGUGGUUUCCAGCAGUCAAAGCAUCAUUUGGAAGGUUUUGCCAUGUGUACUUGAUAUAUCGGACCGUGGACUUUUCUAUGACGAGACUCCAGAUAUAAACGCUAUAUAUAAAUAUAAAUAUAUAAAUAU